ACUAGUGAUGUGAAAAAUCGAUUCGAUUCUUGAAUAAUCGAUUGUAUCUCAUACUAAAGAAUCGAUUUUCUGUAGAUAUUUUAAACUUCGAUUAAUAUUUAAAUCGAUUAUUUUUUACGAGAAUCGGCUAAAAAAAUCAAUACCCGUUUAGAAAAAUCUAGUGACUUUAGCCACAUUUGCGUGGUACUGGUUACCGUGCUGUGCAUUGAAUGUUGUUCUGUGUGUGGUUCUUUGGUUUUGCUGUUGCUAUGGUUACCUACAUCGUGCCUACAUCCCACAUUUGUAAAAUCAUCGUAUGUGCAUGUGAAAUACUAAGCGUUUUUUCGCGACAUACUACUAAUGUAAGAUGUAAGUGGUAACUGGUAUGUGAUGGUAAGUUUCCCACCACUCGAAAAAUAGUGGUAUGUGCGGCAGCGCCAAAACGCUAGAUUUGUUAUUCGAGUGGUUACUUCUAAAUAUUGUGACCACUGACAUUUGUGUGCUCACAUAAAAAUUAGGUUAGAAUUACAAUAAAAGUCCGUGGGUACCUUUGCAAUGGAUAAUAGGGAGUUACUACCGCUAUGUCUCGUGUUAUUUGAUGAAAUAUCUAACAACGCAUUACCACAUGUGGAGGUAAUGAAAUGGUUGAUGGCUAAAGACAAAACUCAACAAUUACAUUGGUGCAUAACGUACAAGGAAUCGUACGUAGAUGUACUAGUGCGUAAUGAAGAGGAUAAUUUUAACUGGUUGGAAUACUAUAAUGACCACUUGUUUUUCCGCCUUUUUCGUAUGCAAAAAGAUACAUUUCAUAAGUUAUUUAAAAUCAUUAUACGUAAAGAUACAUCUGGGCUAAUAAAAAAAAAAUACAGAGGAGGAAACUUUCCCAUCAGUCCAGAAAUAUCUCUCCUCAUAUUCCUCUGGUACAUUGCUAAGGAAGAGUCAUUACAAUCAAUAGCAAUAGUAUUUCAAGUGGCUGUAAGCAGUGUUAUGAAAAUUGUAAACAUCGUGCUAUACUUUUUGCUCAAAAUGAAAAAUGACUACAUAUUUUGGCCACAAACUGAAGAAGAAUUUCAACAUAUUAGGAACGGCUUUAGACAAUAUCCAAACACCCUUGGCGCACUCGAUGGUUGUCAUGUUAAAGUUAAAGUAUCAAGCGACCAACAAGACAGUUACUGUGAUAGACACCAAAAUUAUUCUGUAAAUGUAAUGGCAAUUGCAACAGCAGAGAAAAUUUUUAACUAUUUAUUUGUCGGAUUUCCUGGGGCGGCCCACGAUUCACGGGUGUUUUCUAAUUCUCUAUUUGUCCAAAAAAUACAAAGCUAUGGAUCUCGCAUCUAUUUUCCAACAGAUGAUGAUCACAUAAUAGGAGACAGCGCAUUUCCAAUUAAAAGCUGGUUAAUGGUUCCAUAUCGAAAAAAUCAGAAUUUAACAAGAGUACAAAAAUGGCAUAACUACCGAUUAAGCAGCGCACGAAUAGCCAUUGAAAAUGUCUUUGGACUCAUCAAAGGGCGUUGGAGACGCCUUUUGUAUGUAAAUACAUAUUCAAUUAGUAAAGCAGUUGAAAUAAUAACAGCGGCCUGCGUGUUACAUAACUUUUGUUACAUGGUCCAAGAUGCAUGGACAGAGGAAAUCAUCAAUGACUUGUGGGAAGGUGAUCAAAUUAUGAAUAAUAAUGAACAAGAAGCACGCUUAGGCAGAGCUAAGCGAGACCAUAUUGCCCACAUCAUUUUUAAUGAACGAUAAUACUACUUCUGCACUUUUUGUUAAAGGAACAUACAUGUUAUAAUUAUUGCCUUUUAUGAAUUUUUAUUAUAUAA